UUUGCUUCGUAAUUUUAUGUAUUUUUUAGAAUAUAGCUGUUCUAAUGUAAUUAUAAUAAUCACUCGUGAAAUUAGAAUCAGUGUUUGUUCGCCGAUUAUAAUUUAAAUGAUCUCGACAAUAUUUUUUUAAUUUUUUUUUUUCUUAAUUUAAAUAUUCGUUUUGUAUAUAUAUUAAAGUUAGUGUUUCAAGAGGAUAAAACAAUCAUCCAUCACGCGAAGAGUCUUUUUUUAUUUGAUGACGACUUUGAUGAGUUUACAUGGGAUAAUAUCUACGACAAUAUCAUCACAUCUAAUGGUGAGUCGCAUGCAUUUUGAUUCCUCCGGUUACUCAAUUAUGUCGUAGAAUGAAAAGUUCAAAUCGACACGAGUGACUGGUUGUAUACGUAGAAUUUUGUACGAGCACAGUGAUCGUGGGUAUUUAUCAUACUCAUGAAUAGUAACAUUUUUUUUGUAUGAUUUAUUUUUUUAGUUCAGGCUAGGUCUUCUUGUACAUCGUGUUUUUAAAUAUUAGUAAUUUUCAAAAUUAAUUAUAUAAAUUUAAAUUAUUGUAAUAUUCUAUUCAAUAUAAAUAUGUACAAAUGUACAAUAUCUAAAUAUAUGAAUAUGUACAAAUUAGAUAGGAAUUCGAAUAAAUAAUAAAUAACAUUAUAAUAAAUUAUUCUUAAUGUUAUUUUUUCUUUUACAGUAAUAUUUUAGACUACUUAUUUGAUUUUCGAGAUAAUAAAAAUUAAUAAUUUUCCUCUCAUUCGAAACUACAUUAAAUUUCAUAUACAAGAAGACACUUCGCGACAGGUAGAUUUUGAAAUCAAAGCUACAAGUUUUGAAUACUUCCUUCAUAUUUUGGAAAAUAUGCUUUGAUGAAAGAAUCACCUGAGGGUAUUUUCAUUCAUAUUAAAAUUUCAAUUUGAGUCAAUUAUUUUAUUACAUUUUAAUUUUAAUUUUUUUGAUAGAUAUGUUCCAUUUAAUUGUUUUUAUAAAAGUUUAAAAUUUAAAUAAUUCAUUGCAUUAAUAAAGUAUAAAGUACAAAGAGUUUCAGAUAAGAUGAGAAUAUAGAAUAUUCAUUAGCUCGUUAGACACAAAAUAUUUAUAUUAAUUUAUCUUUUUAGCCCAGGAUUUUCAGGUUUAAUCCUUUCCGUGUUCAUUGUCAGGAUCUCACUCACGUGCCCAGGUGUUACUUGAGUGAGAGAAAGGCGAUGGGCACGAUGACCUUAGUUAAUAAGUUUAUAACAAUUUCUUAGCGACUGACGAUGCGUUAGUGUAUCGUGCACGACGUAUUUUCCACAUUGUGUGCGUAUGGUUAGGCUGUGGAUUUGCGUCGUUUCCUUCCAUGUCAUUCCAUAAUACGAUUUAUAUUCAGUAUCACAAUUCUUAUUUUCAAAUUAUCAAAAAUAUCGUCCUAAAAUUAUUUUAUUCUUUCGUUAACAAAUAAGUUUUUUUCUUAAAAUUAAAGAUAUAUAACGCUCGUCUAUCGCAUAUCACGCAAAGGUCGCUAGCCACUCGUCAGUCGAUUUCAGGAAAAUGGUACGUAAAGUUAGAGUGUGCGAGUUGUGUGCCAAGCUCGGGUGUCGGAGGCGUCCCGGGACGUUUUCCCUAGUGUAGGCUUUUUCGCGCCCGAGCGUUAUGCGUGAGAAUCGUAGAAUGAAUGUGUUGGUGUGCCUGUUUUGCCAUUUUUUAAAUAUAGGGUUAGGUAGGCUAGGUAGUAUACUUCUGGUGCGUCUGUUUAAUUAUAAGUAGGUAGGGCCGGGCAGGUUGUCACAGUCUCUCAAGUCGGGUAGGCGCGUUCUCGCGUGGCAACCUGUUUCAGGAAAUCAAAUUUGAAAAAUCGAGGGUAAAGCCGAGAGGAAUGAACAACGAUGCCUCACGUCGGCUUUCCUCGGCUUCGCUGAUCGAUUUUUCGAGUUUCGUAGUCGCGCUCGCGAAGUGAAGUUCGAAACGAACGUUGCGCUUAGCUUUCGAGAUAAUUUUUUAUUUUUAUUUUUUUUUCGUGAUUAGUGAAUCUCGAGCCUAGAUUUAAGUUUCAGCGGGCAUCGCGCCCGAAGGAGGAAGACCGAAGAGGCCCGACAAACUGUCGCGAAGAGGGCUGCAACGAAUGGCUUCUCAUUUUUUGGGUCUUUUUUGGCUCCAAAGAACGGGAAGUCAUUGUUACUAUUUUAUCACUGUGCUCGUUUUAGUAAUAAACGUAGUAAAUAUUAUAUCUAUGUUUGGCCGAUUUGCAUGCCGGCCCACCACGGAUCAAAUUGUCAUGGGCAUCGCGAUUUUGAAUUAGUGUUGCGUUAUAAGAAAUAUCGCGAUUCUUUUGAUUACUUUGAUCAAAAGAAUUAGUCUUUUAUUUAUUUAUUUUUUUAUUUUAACUUGAAUUUAUUUUGUAGUGUUGCGAUUGACGGUAUCUUUUCAUUUAUAAUAUAUAAUAGUAAAUUUUGCAUUAAAUCCACUUUAAAAUCACUUAUAAAUUGUUUUUUAAAGGAACGUUUACAAAUUGCCCAUAUUUCUUCCACUUGGACAGUGGAAAUAUGUUUCUGUUCCUAAUCACCUAUUGCAAUUAAAAGAGUUGCACAAGGGUGAUUGUACGACGGCAGUUUUCGAUAUGGCUGCAAUCUUUCGUUAUUAGUGUUGCGUAUAAUAAAAUGUGAGUGCAUAAAAUAGCUUAAUUAGAGUUUCGUAAAUAGUUAAAACUUAUUGCAGGUGUAUGCUUCCGAAUUGCAUAUUGCAUAACAAAGCACUCCUCGUGUUUUCGUUUGUGAAUUUAGUUAGUAUAUUGUACAGUAUAUUGUUAGUAUAUUGUUGCGAAACGGAAAAAAAUAUUCCACUCACGGUUUGUUCGGGUUUACAUUGAGUGGAUAAUUAUUUCGGUAGCCCUUCUGGCUAUCUUUCUUUUUUUUUUUUUUUCAGCAUCCCCUUAUGUGAGAGUGUUUGAAUACUGUCAAAAAAAUAAAUUUUUUCCUUGUUGAUCAAUUGUCUUUCAAAUUAUGAUGAUUUUAUGAAAAUUAUGAAUUAACAAAUUAACAAAUUAUAUUUUGUUAAUUUCUUUUUUUUAAAAUAUAAAUUAUUUUUUUUUAUUACUAAUUCAGUUAAUAAUUGAGUUUGUUGCAGGUAGGAAUCGAAGAAAAUAAAUAGAAGAAAAGUGAUAGAAGAAAGGAAAAUUAUUUUCUGUUAUUGAGUUUUAGUAAUCGCAUUGUAUAAUCUGUUUCAGGAAUUCUUCGACAAAAUGGAAGAGAAACAACAUUUUAUUCUUUUUUCCUCAUUAGAUAUAUUUUUCAGUUUUCAUACAAAAAUCAUUUAGCUUUCUGAUAGGUAGGAUUUAUAAAUGCGUUUAAUGUUUUGUUACUCUUCUUAUUGAAAGGCUUAUCCUCACUAAACUUUCUAGCAUUUUGUUUUAAAUAACCAAAUUCUUGAUUUUAGCUUUUAUUUUAUUAGCUAUCUAGUACAUUCUAGUACUAGAUACAUUCUUUAGAUUUUUUUACUAUAAUGAUUUAUGUCGUAUCAAAAAUUAUCAAUGUCAUUAGUAUAUAGGAUUGUGAAAAGAAUGUUUUAGAUUUUCGAUAAGCAGGUUUAUAAACGAUAUUUAAUUUUUCUUUAUAGUGCAUGUGUAGAGAUAUGAAAUUAGCUUUUUAAAUAGGUAGGUUGUUUUAACGUUGUUUAAGUUUGUUUCAGGAUUCUUCAUAGGAGCAAAAGAUUAUAUCGUUAAAUUAUAUUAUAAAAAAAAAAAAAAGGAAAACUCUUAUUUCUUUUUAGGAAUUAGGAAUAUAAUACGCGAUGCGAACCAUUACAACUUGAAAUUUUCAUAUCCUGCUCCUAUGUUGUCCUAUUACUUCUUCGUUAUAUAAUUUUCAAAUAAAUGGGAUUUAUAGACAAUUCUUUUUAUGUUUAGAUAUCGUAGAAUUGAGUUGUUUGAUAUUGAUUUAUUUGUAAAUCGUGUAUUUAAUUUUUAUCAAUUUUCGAGACGAAAACUCUUCAGAUUUUUAAUAGAUUGGAUUUAUACGAAAAAUUGUUUAAAUUUUAUUAUUUAAAAUUAUUUAAUAUUUAAUAAAACGAUAUAAUUUUGUAUUCAUUUUCUAUUAUCAAUAAUCGAUAUUGAGAAACGUAGACUGCAAUAUCAUAGCUUGGCAAUAUAGAUUGUACAAAAGUUUGACUCUACACCGAGAGGUGGCAGUGGCUACGAAUUCCCAGCAUUCCACGGGUCGUUCGAAACGGGAGAUGCGCGCGCGUUCGAUGAAGACAUGCGCGAGACAAGCGGCCGCAGUCUCGACAGUCGGUGCAUGGCGGCCCGAGGCCCAUCGUAUCGCGCAGCCCUCGAGAUACGUGUUCGAAUAUACGAGUGCAUUCGUAGUGAACCGGGAAAACUUGUCUCUUUUCCUUCGACCGUUCGGUCGUAAGAAAAUUAGCGGCGUGAUUGACAGAGUGGGUGACGCUUGUGUGACAGAAUUCUUCGUCCUCGCGAAAUCUCGUGGAUUCGCCGGAAUCGUCAGACAACAGAGAGAGAACACGAAAUAUCGUUUCGAGGAUAAGGAGAGUCGCGUAGAUUACGGUCGUAAGCUGGAUUAAGGACACGGACAUCAUGGAGCGGUACGAGGAGGAAGGCGAGGACAGCGACAACGAGACAGACCCGGAACAACUUUUGAACGAAUGGCUCGGCGAGUUGGACAGCCUGACCGUGGUGAGUUUUUGUCUUGCUAAUUGCGCGAUGAUCGCUACUCAAUCGUGGAAAAGAUUAAGAUUUGACGAAAUGUCGAUGGUCACGAAGAUCGAUGUGGGGAAUAGUUUGCCUUCGCCUCGGCUGGUUCACAUUGUGGUCGAAGCACGCCGGUCAAUUGGUGUCAAUUGACGUGUAAUCUAAAUAAUUCGUCGGUAGGGCCGGUCGUGACGAAGGGAAAAGAAAACGAGUGGUCGUUUCUACUUCUACGAAAGGCCAAGUUUCUAACUUUUCCAUUUUCUAGUUUCUACUUGGAGAAGCUCGUUCCCUUGAAUUCGAAGCGAAGCUUACACGGGCCUCUCGACUACGUAUCCACACGGGCGUGGAUACAAGUCUCAUAGGCGCAAUGAAAACGAGAUUUCAAUCUCGUUCUUUGAGCGCGACGAAUCGAUCUUCACCGCGUGGUCGAUAACCGACCGAGCGGCUCCAAGUUCUCGAGAGUACAACGAAGGCCGCAGAGCGACAAAUUGUCGACAAUUGACGCGAUCGCGACUCGAACUUUGCCCGACCAACUUCGUUCCCCGACUUUCCAACCAUUUCCAUCUCCGCCCCGCUCUUUGCAUCGUUCUUUCCUUCUUAUUUUCUUCGAAUUAUUCGUUUAAUCCGUAAAAAAGUGGAGGAAACUCCGAUCGGAACCCCUUUUUCCAAGUAAUUCAUCGUGCUCGAAAAAAAUUCGCAGCUCGAAGAUCAUCGCGCGUGAUUAAAAUAAUUUAACGUGGAAAUUAGGGGGAAUUUGGUCGGAGUAAACGACGCGUGAGAAUCAGCAGUAGGAAAGAGAGAGAACCGCUCGACCGUGUCUCGAAGGCGAUGACGCGCGGUGGAAGAGUUCGCUACACAGAGGAUGGAUUAAACGUUUUCAAGUAGCGGCCAAUGACCGAAACAAUUUCCGUGCUUGUACUUGGACUUGGAACCGCCGCCGGAGGGAAAUCGAUAUCGAUGAUGCUUUUACUCUCGGUCAUUCUUCGAAUUUACCGAAUUUACCCUCUUAUCGGAAGGUUAAAUAACGUGGCGGGAUUUUGCGCGUAAGGGUAAACGAGCAUAUAAGUUGUACCAGGGACUAGGGGAUUAGGGGGGGCGGAUAAAAUGAUAAUGAAACGUAAUGGAGCAGCGUAAAGUGCGUCUAGCGUGACAUGUGCAUUAACCGUUCGGGUUUCGAUGUUACAAGAUUAAUUAAUUAUAACCCUGCGUCAACUGUUCGGAAUAUGAUUAAGGCAUUAGCAGAAUUGGGAUUGUAUUCGUUAACUUUUUUGAACGGCCGAUUAUAAAAUACAAUUAAAAUUACAUACAAAAAAAUUUCCACAAUUGUUAUGUAUAAACAAGGAGUAACAAUUUCGUCGAAAAUCAACGACCUAAUAUCGGUGAAAGUUUAGACAAUGAAAGCAACGUUAUCGAACGAAACAAAUAGUCCGAUCGAAAGUGCAGGAAAGUAUGUCGAGGCGUCAAUUUAAUCAAGUCCGUUCGUGUUUCGUGCGCAUAUCCGCAAUAAUGACGGUUCGACUUUCUUACGUGCUGCUCUACGUAGAUAACGUGGAAAAAAAAAAAAAUAUCGAAAGCUUGUAAAAAAAAAAAAGAAGAGAUAUCAACGAACGUGUAUCAAUCGCGUAAAGUUAAGGAAAGAUAGCGUUGCGCGUGCAGCAAACGCUCGACGAGAAUUCGUGCGUACGUACGGGAAGGUGUUCGAUUAUCUGUCUAGCGCGAUGCGCGCGCCGGAUCCUUCCUGUCCGAGAGCGGAAAGGUGAGAGAGCUUUUGCACUUGCACUUGGCGAUGCAUCGGAGGUCGGUCAAGGCGCCUGUGCACGGAUCGAUAACCUGCCAACGCGGAAUGGAUACGUUGCAGCGUGGUGGUCGGUGACCUCGACGGGGCCUAUUCGCAAAUAUUGGAGUACACGCGAUUCUAUCGUUAGAAAUCUCGGCGAGGCAAAGAUUUUUUCCUUAUUUUUUUUUCAACAUACUUUUCUCCUCGGAUAUCAGCUCGAUCGAUCAACGGAGUCGGUCAACGGCUCGAUAUUGUCGCUUGCUCUCUUCGUUUCUUUGAUUAAUAGUCGAAUCGUUGAAACCGUUUUGCUUUUCUGUAUACUAAAAUUGUAUUCUAAAAUUUGCGAGAACGAUUAUUAUUUGGAAAAUAUCGUGUCUUUUUUUUUUUUUUCAUUCGCGUUUCUUCUCGGUAAAUCGAAAUUGUAGAGACGGUUAAACCGAAUUAUAUACGGUGGACAAUGGUUCUAUCUCUCGCUCCGUGGUUUUGUUACACGUCACGUAUAAGAUUUCUCUCUAGAGCGGCGAAUUGCACAAUUGAAUUCCGAGAAUGCAGAUGAAACUGCAACGAUGUUAAUUUGUCCUCUUGAUGAUGAAUACAAUUCUUAAUUGGCAUACACCAGAUAACAUUGUUGUUACAUUUAUCGUUGAGAAAAAGAUUAGACUUUUCUCUCUCAUUAUUAUUCACUUUUAUCGUGUCGUUACGUUGAAUAAACAUUUUCAAUGAAAAUAUUAAUAUCUGCAUCGUGGCGAGAUAUAUCGGGACGUAUCUCCUCGCAUGUUUGCUUCUAAUUAAUUUAAUUUUUUAAACGUAACAAAGAUAGAGAAAGAUUAUUUAACGAAACAUUUCCUUUUUUGAAGGAAAUUUAUCUUACGAUUUACAAUUUUCCUUUCCUUUCAGCGCGAUCUAAUAUUUUAAGCUCGAAUUUGAUUCGCGUGUAUCGAAUUAUCUUCGUCGAGUAUAUUACCGACUUGAUGCAGUUCCCUGUUUUAUCCAUCACCAGUAAAGUUUCAAAGUUACGUUCACAACCUUCGGAAUUCAAAUACGCGUGGCGCGAAUGCAGCGAGUUGAGCGAGAGACGUCACUAAAAAAAUACUAAAGAUAUUUAAAUUAAUUUUAAAACGAUAGUAAUAUCUUUUUUUUACAAUAUCCUAAAUUUUGAACGGAUCUAUUUAAAAAAUUUUAAAUUUGUUUAAUAUCAUCCCUUCGACGUAGUAAAAUUUAUUCGAUUGAUUUUCGAGAAAUCAAUUAUCAUAUUUCUCAGAUCUCGGAUUAUUCCUAUUAACGUACACGAUUGUUGUUCCUCGUCGUAUGCAUUCUUAUGCGCUCGUAAUGGAUCAUUAAUUAGAAAUAAUUACAUUCGCAAUUGUCCUUCGACGUUGGUUCAGUCCUUGACAUAAUAAAGGCAAGAAUCGCGUUAUACGAAACGACGAGGUAUUAUAUACGUGCAGCGUAAAAUAGACAAAUGUCGGAGGACUUCCGGCGGCUAUUAGUAUGCGGGCUUCGUUGUAUCCGCAUCCGUGCGGCUCUUCUUAGCAUUGUUAAUCGACGAGAACCUUUGUCCGUCGAUAUUACUAUAUCCGGUUGUAAUUCCCUAUGAUUUCAUUGAUGAACGAAAAAUUUCUUAGAACCGCUCUCUCUCUCGGGGAAGGGAUAUUUCUCAGUAGGAAAUUAAUCGAAUUGAUUUAAUUUAUAUCGAACAUGAAACGAGAAACCGGAUAAAUUUCGAAGCCCGCGCUAAAAAAAUGUUUGAUGGAAAAAGGAACUACAAUUUUUCAAUAUCGGUUGGUGAGAAUAAAAACGAUUCUUCUCAACUCGAAAAGCUCGUUAACGAAAUAUAAAUGGUGCACGAUUGUCCAUUAUCGAAAAUUGAAAAGAACAAGUUGGAGCAUCGCCGGUGGUGUACACCUGGUUUUCGAAACGAUAGAUUCUCUUUGUUAAUUUUCGUCCCGUGUCGUGCGUGAAAGGAACAGGAAGAAAAAUCGUGGAAAAAGAAGACGAAAUAGCGAACGGAAUAGGUCAGGUAGCUGUUCGAUCCACGUGCCCAGAGGCAGCUGCUUCUUCCUCUGCUUCCCUCGUACCCUCUCGUAAACCGAUCCUCUCGAACAAGCUUCUGUUUUCCUCGACCGAAUCGUUAUCACUUCGCCUCGAUCACGCGAAAUCAAUGCCACUUGGAAUAUUUUUCUUCAACUUGGGAUAAGAGGCGAUGAAUGAACUUAUUCUUUGUCUACGGCACAGUGGCCUCGUGCAAGACAAAGUCGAAAAUAGACUAGUGAUAAUUUACUAAUCGCGGAUAAAGUAACUGAACCAAUUUCCCUGAUACGAAAAUUUUCAAAUGGAAGAAGAAUACGAAUCGACAGGAAAGGAAAACGAAAGGAAAACUCGUAUCUAGCAUCAUCAGUCACGCGUCCACCAUCUGUUGCGCUCCUCUCCUAAUCUUUUUCCAGAUCUGUUCCGAAGCAAACUGGAAUUACUACCGUCGAAAUUCUCUAUCUCCCUACCUUAUUAAAAAUCCCAAGAACUACGUUAAAUUAUCCGUUAAAUUAGGAUGCAACAUUUUGAAUUCGAAGCUUGUUGUCGAUAUUUUUGUCGAGUCAAACCAAUUGUCUACCAAUCCUCCUCUAACGUAGAAACGAGCAAUCGAGGAGGAAGGUUCGAGAAGCGAGGCGCGCGCUCAUCCUCGGAUAUCUGUAUCCCCGAGGCCCAAACACUCUCAACACCUCGGGAAUAGGGGAAGCCUGUCCCGUCUCCUGCGCGUAUACGUCGUCGUUUGGGUUGCAGCUGCCUCGUAGCUGCAGCACGUGUUCCUCUUCACCGGGGCAGGUGGUUGGCGUCGUUAAGCAAUCGCCUCCCCCUCGACGAAGGCCGAGAUUCGGACGUGGCACACGGUCGACCAACAGGAACAGGAUCUUUUACGAGCGAGAAGAAUACGGCCGAGGGGGAUGGAAGGUCCAGCACGAGGCAAGGAGGAAGGGAAAAGGUGUCCGGGAUGAAAAGGUGGGAGUUGAACAUCGUCGAUGAUCUAUAUAUAUAUAUAUAUAUAUGCACGUAUCGAACGGGAUUACACGCCAGAAUUAGCAAAAUCUUGGCGAAAAUCCGAUCAUCGAUAAGACGCGUGUGCAUGCUUUGGCAGGUAUUGGAUCGAGUUAUGACGAGGAGGUUCUUUUUUUUUUUUCGUGAGAUCCGAGGAGGUGAUACGACGAGUUUGCGCUUACGUUUGUCACUAUCGGUUUCAUGGAUCUGCUCGUGAGAUUACGUAUACGUGUAUGCGCUAUAAAUGGAAGUAGGUUGUAUCGUGUAACGUAAUUGGUAAUGCAAGUGAGAGGCAAUGCGCGAGAAGAGGAUGCGUUUUAAAUCCGGUUCUUAUUGUCGCUCGUUUUCGUUUAAAUCGAAAAAAAAUUCCUUCUAAUAUACAAUACAUAUUUUCAUUCAAUUCUCGAUUUCUUCAAAAAUGUCUUCUACUUUCGCCGCGUUCUAGAAAAAAAAUAAAAAAAUAAAAAUAAAAAUCUAGAGGAGAAACUUUUACGAUACCGAUGUACACGUUGCUACUACGUGUUUCUCAUACAUAACGGGUCAUCGAGCAGCUCUGUUACCUUAUGAUAACGGGCCCGGCAAUAAACUCGUCGACAACCUGAAUAUUUUGUUUCUCGUGAAAGCGAUCAAUCCAUCUCUCCAUCCGCUCGGAAGAAAAUCUAUAUGAAGGGGGACGAAUAGUCUUUUUCCUUUUCCUUCUUUCUUGAAAUAGCUAGUAGCCAACUCGCGACGGAGAAAAGGGGAGGGGGGAAAAGGAGGAAAGGAGAGAGGGAGAGGAAGGCAGGUGAUACCGGAGAUUUGCUUCUCGCUCGUGACCGGUUCCUGGAUCAUGGAUAUGCGGUUUACUGCCGCUUAAUAAGCCGUAAUAAGGACCGCCGGAUACCCUCGCCACUCGAUAUUCCGUGCGCGAUAAAUCUGUACGAGCGGUCGUAACGCGAAUCGCGCAAGGGCGAGAGACGACGGACAGAGGCAGGUGGUUCGUGACUCGUUCCGAUACCGAUGAUGCUGUCUGCCGACGUGGCAACUUCUAACGAGUCCUCCAAACCUGUCCUCCUCUCGUCUCCUCCAUUCCGUUCCUCCUUCGUCCCGAGGGACUUCGAGACGAGUCUCCUCCGAGUGCUCCUCCAAUAUCUCUCGCUUUUGAUCGGUCCAAACUUUCGGCGCGCUGGAUUACGCGUAAUUUUAAUUAAAUCCGUCUAUCGUUUCUAUCGACUUCGAACGAGGUUAACAAGGGGAAAGUAGGAAGUUUUUGAAGAAGGAUGAAGGAUGGAGAAGGAAGUUUCUCACCUUUUUUUUUUUCUUUUGUUUUUCACUUGAUCGAGGAGAUCGACUUACGUUGUAUAAUCUCGACGUACGCUCAACCGUCUCGUAAAGGGGUCUGGGAGAAAUUAUGGACGAUGGACGGACGGUAAAAGCAUCGAAGGAUCGAAAGUAGGGGGAUAAAUUGGACGCGUGAUAAAUCUUGAAAGUUUUUGGCCGGCAGUGUUGGGUUAGGUCUUGUCUCCGUACCAACUCGUUUAUCGCCAGGGUCGAUCGAGAGGUUUAACGACAUAAGGGUUGCGUUCUUUUAAAUAGGGAUGGUCCACCCUCCUGCGCGGGUGUUGGGAUCCUUUUUUUAUCGAUUCGACGAAGAGAGCCUCGCUCUUUCUUUCUCUCUCUGCUCCCAAGGACUCCAAGGAGUGGAUAAAGCGGAGCAAAGGAGUGACAGAAAGAUGGAUUUUUCCUCCUUUCUUCUCUCGUCUUCUUCUUCUUCUUUCCUUCCUUCCUUUUCUUUCUUUCCUUCUUUCUUUCUUUGGUAAAUCAGAUGCAGCCUCGCCUCUCGUCGCAGCGGUGUGCAACAGUUGGCGAGGAGGAAACAUCUGUCGGUCGCGGCGCAUGCGUAUAUCCCUCAGGUAAAACCUGCACCAACUCAGAGAUUCUCAAAUUUCUCACCUCGAUCCUCGAAAGCGAUGUUUUUAAAGCGAUCGCUUUAAUCACUGGCGAUGACGUAUACAUCGAAAAAGUAUAUACACGUUAUCUCGCUCGAAACUUUAAUUUCAAUACCGUGUUGCACGGAAUCGAGUCGAAUCGAACUUUUUAAAAUUUACGAUGAAUCAUCACUCGGCGCAAUUAGUUCCGCGCACUCGUUCCAAUACUCGUCAUUACGAAUCCUAACAAUCGUUGCCGUAACAAUCGUCACGGUUAAGAAGAGAAGCUGCAAUUACCAAUGACAAUUAAGAACGAACAAUCACGGCCUCGUUUUCUCAUAAUUGCUGCACCUCCUCUCCCCUGUGAUUUUAGAAAAGUGGGUAACCAGCCUCCUUAGAUCAGAUUUUCGAAGCUACCGAUUUUAAUUAUUCUGAGAGAUUAUUCGGAAUGCUCGAUCCUUUCGAAUCCAUCUUUACGAUUCCCUUACGAACGGAGAGCCAACGCUGUCUCUUGCACGAUUGUUCCCCCGAGAAAGUGAAUUGCGAUUCGUCGAAUGAGAAGUAGUAAUAAUUCAUUUCAAACGUUGAAAAAUAUAUAUAUGUGCGCAUAUAAAACAAAAAGGAUACAUAGCAUGGAAAGUAAUGCAGAAGUAUAUUUCAACUUUCAUUCUUCAACAAGCUGGCUGACCUUCUAUUGUUCUCUUUAUCGCGUCUCACCAAUAGCUACCCGAUUUACCUUUUAGCAGAGUCGAAGAAAGUGCAACGACCACCUCCUCGACCCACCUCCCCCCUCCCCGGCUUCGUUACGCUGAAAACUCAAUUUAGAAGUUUCCACCGGUCGCUUCAAGACCGAUUGUUCAAGACCUGGAUUAAUGGAUUAAUUAACACGACGCUCCUCGAAACACAGGAAAGUGGCCAGCUCCGAUCCGAUAAUCCUAUCCGAUAAUUAAAAUUGAACACCUCUUCGGUUUCCAGCGGCUGAAAUUCAAUUAGCCCUAACCGCGCGUUCGAUCAGAUUUACACUGCUGAAUUCAAGAUGGCGGCCACUGCCGUUUCUGUUUCCAAUAGGAGUCGCGAUGACUCACGAUGAAAAUUACGCGGAGGGACGCGAAACACCCUCGUCGCGUGUCCCGCUUCGUUGUUAUUAUUCCGAUUCUGAUGCAAAUUCACUGGACACUGGGUCGUUUUAUUAGCGAUGGUGAGUCGCCAAGGCGCGAUGGUGGUCAACCCUUUACGGUUGAAAAAUUGCAGGAGAAGAAUCGAGGUAAACCGUUCGAACGAUCGACACUCGUUGCCUCGUUAUUUGGCUGGAAGGAACGGUGCUAGUUACCUGGUACGGGGUUACACGACGCGUGCUGGAAGGAUACUUUCCUUAAUUUACGAUAUCAGUCUCGAAUUUCGCUCGAUUCCUUUUGUUUAUUCCGAAAGUUAUUUAUACGACGGUAGAUUUUUUAUUAUCUGCGAGGAGUAGAAGUCUCGUUUAACUAAAUCUAGAGGACUAAUUGGUUCACGUGCAAAAGAAAAACGAGAGCGUGCGAUGGAAUAGAGUCAUGUAUGUAGAAAAUUAAUGCGGAGAUGACGUGUCGAACGAAGCGAUUCGAAGAAUCUUCGAGGAAACGGUCGAUUUCCGGCGAUCUUCGGAGGUAGGAAGUACAAAUACAGAAAUAAUACGCGAGAAACGGCCGUCUCUUCGGUUUCGAAACCACAGAUAUUCAGGAGUGUAAAAAAAAAGCGAACGCUCGAACGCUGAAAUCAAUAACGAUAUUCAACAAGAUUACGCAAGGCUGACAGAUGUACAGUGGUAUCGGUUGUAUCAACGUUAACCUACAUUCGUUCGAGUACGACGUUUGGCAUGAUUAAUUUCGAGGGAAAUAUUUAUUCGCGAUAAAUGUUAUUGGAAAGAAAAAGAAGAAGGGAGGGAGAGGAUUUAAAAGUUUACAAGUUGAAUUUGUGCGUGAUGUUGAAAAUGCAUGAUUGAAAAAUUGAAUCGUGCGCGACGGUCGCCACAAUAGAUCCUUGGAACGACGAUGGAACGACGAUUCUGAAAUUCAAGAGCUCGAACUGGGUCACCCGGAUCGUGAUACUUCCUCGUCUUUUUUAUCUUGUAUCGCAUAGAACGAGUCCUUCAAAGUUAUCUCAUCUAUAGGUGUGCCUCCUACGGACCGUUCUGUUAUGCAACACAUGUUCCCAAAGGAAGUGGAACGAGCCGUGUAUCCUCUACCGAAAGAAGAAGAAAGAACUUUGAACUUGGCUGACAUAACGAAUCAAAAAAAAAAAGAAAUAAAAUCAAUCAUUUCUAAAAUUUUUUUUCCGUAAGAUAAAAUCGAAUAAAGAAUCGUUUAACGUUGCGCGAAAAUGUAUUUCGAAAAUAGGCCGAAGAAGAAGAAGAAGAAGAAGAAAAAAAGUUGGUAGAAGAAGCGACGUUUCUUACGUGUUUACAAAAGUUGAAAAAGAGGCGGUUUCGAAAUACGGUUACAGAUCGGUGUUGGGGGAUCGAGGGUACGGGAGGAACGAAAAGGAGAGGAUUUUGAGAAACACUGCGUAUCUGUGCCGAGCGCCACGCGACCAGGUCGUCCGGUCGGGCUGGGUGCCGGGUGUUGUUGAAAUCAACGUGGUGGGGUUCCUUCGACGACCACAACCGGAGCCUUAUGCCUUCAGUCGACUCUCGGCUCUCACUGCGACUCGAGCUGCCUGAGAUUUCCGUUAAUUAACCAACUACCGAUCCGCGACAGCGGCUGGUGAACCACGUCGCAGCCGCUCUCGAUACGAAUCCUCUCGUUCGCUCGCGGAGGGAAUCGCCGAAUCCGGAGUUGUCGUAAAGGAAAAAAGGAAAGAAGAGAACAUCUCCCGAGCUCGAGAAGCGAAGAAGAGGCGAACGGGGGAAGCCUCGAUCCCGUGGCCAACGUCUUUCCAGAGGAUGAAUCGAUCGAAGUCGGGACGAGCGUCGCGACGAGGCCUACCGUUUUAAAAGCGCGUGCCAGCGAACGAUCGCCACGGCCCGAUCCCGGAGAUCCGAUCCGACCAGUUCCUUUUACCGGUCGAUCACCUCGAUCCCGCGUCACAAUCGCUCGUGGAGCGGGACGUGCACGUCGCGUACGCGUCGUUGGCUGUUAAUUAGUACGUGGGUGCCGUGAUAGAGUGGGAGAGGUUGACGGAGGAGAAGAGAGGAAGGGAGAGAGAGAGAGAGAGUGGGUGCAAAGAGAUGCCGAAAGCGGAGGGAGGACGAUUCAGAGGAGCAGAGGAAGAGAAGUAAAAGAGGCGAGAAGAGGGUUGAGGUUAAGCCGCGGAGCGGAGCCGGAGUUAAAUAGAUGCAGGAAUCCGUGCGCGGCGCCAUGCUGGUGUAGCGAGCGAGAAAAAAUAUUCGGUUUCCCGGUGUGUAUCUCUCCGUGUGAACGUGGCCGUGCGGAUGGAACGUAGGAAUCCCAGGAGCGUAACAGUCAACGCGUUCGCGACCGGUUGAAGGGAGCGUGAAUUCGUUCGAGGACCAGUUCGCUGCGGCACAGGCGUUAAGAACCCGUUGAGACAGUUGCCAGAGGCGGAGGAGGUGAACGGUUCGUGUCCCGGGAGAAUUGUCUCGAAAGGCGAAGGAUUCUUCUCGGUGAAAACGGAUUUUAUUACGAAUUAAAGGAUCGAUGAUAGUCCUCGACCAGUGAUUAUUUUACCUACUUUUUUCUUUUCUUCUCUCUCUCUCUCUCUCUGCAUUUCUUCUCGUGUUGUAUAAACGAAUAUAAAGGAGUACGCGAACGCGUAAGGAACAUGUUGUGCGGCACGUUCAGGAAGAAGAGAAGGCAUCCAGGGGAUGAGUAUCGAUUGGUGAGAUCGAACACGAUGCCUAGAAUCCUGUCGGCGAAGGAAGGUAGCCUGGUCACGGUCCGGAGAACAAAGUCCUCGAGGGUGGCGGCUCGUUCCCCUCAUCUCAGGGAUCUUCUGCACAUGGGUCUGGACAAUGUGAGCUCAGCGACCCUCAGGCCUUUCAACUCGGACAUCAACACGCCGAGGAUCGACAGCUAUAGGUUCUCCAUGGCGAAUCUGGAAGAUUCCCAGGAUGUCGAUCUGGACGCCAUCCUUGGCGAGUUGUGCGCUCUGGAGCGCCGCUGCGAUGGCGACAUCGCUUCCACGCCUGCACCCGACUCGCAGAGACAGGGCCGACCUAACAGCACUAGAAUCACCGCUGGCGACAAUACCGAUAUCGGCAAAAACGAAGGAGCUAUGCGCACCGACAGUCCCGACAAUGACAGCGCGUUCUCGGACACGGUGUCGAUGUUGUCCAGUGAGAGUUCCGCGAGCAGCAGCGGUUCCGGGCACAAACCGCCUCAGACCGCCAUGCACACGGGUCCCCAGCAGCAAUCUCACCAACUCAUGGACGCGGCGAGCCGAGUCAAGGCAGAGAAGAUCCGGUUGGCGUUGGAGAAGAUGCGCGAAGCCAGCGUUCAGAAGCUGUUCAUCAAAGCGUUCACCUUGGACGGGAGUGGGAAAAGCUUGCUCGUGGACGAAGGAAUGAGCGUGGCACACGUGUGCAGGCUUCUGGCCGAUAAGAAUCACGUGCCGAUGGAUCCGAAGUGGACGGUGGUCGAGCAUUUGCCCGACCUUUUCAUGGAAAGGGUAUACGAAGAUCACGAAUUGCUGGUGGAAAAUCUUUUACUGUGGACCAGAGACUCGAAAAAUAAGCUGCUCUUCGUCGAGAGGCCGGAAAAGACCCAACUCUUCCUCACUCCAGAGAGAUUUCUUCUGGGUCUGUCCGACAGAAGUUGCGGCGAAUACGACGAUCACUCGCGCAAUAUUCUCCUCGAGGAAUUCUUUUCAAGCAGUAACGUUGGCGUGCCGGAGGUGGAGGGACCAUUGUAUCUGAAAUCUGAUAGCAAGAAGGGAUGGAAGAGAUAUCAUUUUAUUCUUCGAGCAUCCGGCCUCUACUAUUGGCCGAAGGAAAAGGCUCGUACCGCUCGCGACCUCGUUUGCCUGGCCACGUUCGACGUGAACCAAAUUUACUACGGUAUCGGGUGGAAAAAGAAAUACAAAGCCCCGACAGAUUUUUGUUUCGCUGUGAAACAUCCGAGGCUGCAGCAGCCGAAAUCGACCAAGUACAUCAAAUUCCUUUGCGCGGAGGACAACGCGUCUCUGGAACGGUGGAUGGUUGGAAUCAGAGUGGCCAAGUACGGAAGGCAGUUGAUGGAAAAUUACAGGACACUGGUCGACGAGCUCGCUCAGGAGGAUCUCGAUAUGCUGGCCCACGCGAGGUCGUGUUCGGUUAGCUCGAUCGCCCCCCCGACCCAGAAUCAAACUCAGUACAACACCACCAACGACAACGCUCGCCAAUUCACGGAAAAUUCGAGGCACAACGCGGAAGUGGCUAACGCUAGACAGUACGAGGGCCAGAGGCAAAGUUACAAUUCCGAGCAACGACAGAGUUAUAAUAACGACGGUAGACUGAGCAGAGCGAGUAGCUCGAGUUCCAGCGGAUGCCUGUCGGACGGAGCACCCAGUAGUUGCGAGGUAGCCUUCGAAUGUGGCGAGUUUCCAACGGGCACGAUAAAGAGGAAACCCUCGAUGAAUCCGAAAUUGCCCCUAACGUCGAUCACGAGACAAUUGAAGGAGGUGGGCGAGACGGUUCGCGACGAGCCAGAUUCGUGUCCCAGUCCGACCAGCUCGGGCUCCGGCACGUUGACAAGAAGGCACAGUCGAAGAAGGAGCGGCACCGACUCGGACGGGUCCGGAACAUUGAAGAGACAUCAUAGAUCCGGUAACGCGACCCCCGUCAGCCCUGUACCACCCGGCACACCGGUCAGAGAAAGAGCGAGCCCCAUGGGGUACAACAGAUCGGAUAAUCAGGAAUCGAAAACACCGACCAGUCCUAUACCAUCGUGCAUGAUGGACUCGAUCACCUCGUUACCACCGCCGCCCUCACCGUCCAGAGUCACGGAGGAGGCAGAGUCCGAUAACGAGCCGCUCCCCCCACCUCCGCCAGAGAUGUUCAGAUCGAAUCUCUCGCUGGAUUCUCUGCCACCUCCUCCGGCGCCUGGCGAACUGCCGGUGUGCAACACCCCGGAGCUCACCGGUUCCUCGCUGAGUUUGGCGUCCCUUCCGCCACCCCCGAGCCCUCUGGUCGGCGAGACGGGGACGAUUCGUCGGGCAAGGCCGAAACAGUCCACGUCCUCGAGCUCGUCGUCGAUGACACCGGAAGGUACACCGACCCACGCCUCGUCGUCCAGGCCGUCGUCGAGCAACCAGCAACAGAUGUAUCCGAGUCCGAGCGGCAACUCGACGAUGCAGAACAGCCAGAGCUACGCUUCGCAGAACCUGCAGAACGCCGUGAAUUCGGUGUCGUCGCCGCACAGUUCCUACCCAGGCUCGAGCGCCAGCACACCGACCUACGCCCCAACCUCGCCGAACUUCGCCUCGCCCCCUCCGUUCGUCCCCCCGCCAGCCUACGGCUCCCAACAGCAACAGCACGGGAACGGGUCGAGCCUGAGCAGACAGAACUCGAAGAUAGAGUCGAUGUACGGCGGCCACCAGCAGCACAACACGAUCCAGCCGAUCAGGCCGAAUCCGAACAUGGACACGGUGAGGCGAAGCGCCAUGAAGCAGGGGUCGGCCGGCCAUUACGCGGCCCCCCCUUACCUGGCGGAGUUGAAAGCUGCCUCCAGCCCCCAGCCUCAACGCAGGGUCACCAUUCAAGAGCCGCCCACGUCGCCCAAGUCGAAAACCGGCACCGGCAAGAAGAUCACGUUCAACCUUCCCCCUCAACAGGAGCCGGGGAGCCCCGCUUUGCCGCAGAGGAAACCGAUGCCGCCCAGGAGGUCGGACAGCACGAGGCUCACGUCCCCCAAGAAGCUGGCCGCGUCCGAUCAGGCGCCGCCCGGCGAUUUCCUCAAGGAUCUUCAGAGAGUGAUGAGGAAGAAGUGGCAGGUGGCGCAGAAGUGCAAGCUCGAUUCGACCACGACCCCCCACGAGGUGCUCGGCUUCCGCGACCCGCCGCCCGCCGUCGCCGAUUACAGGGAAACGAACGUGUCGAACUGGGUUCAGGAACACUACGGGGCCGACAAUCUGUACGAGAACGUGUACGCGACGGACCCGCACGCCCCCGUCGAAUAUGCGUCGAGCCCCGCCCGCCAGUCGAGCGUCAGGUUCGCCGACGAGAAUCGCAGCAUCAACAUCGUGAACGCGAUCGCGAGUAAACGAAGGCCGCCACCCCCGCCGCCCAAAAGGGCGGAGACCACCCACUUGACCACCACCAGGGCGAUGCACUGACAAUAGCAGAUACUCCAGCCCCAUCCCGAGAGGCGAUGGUUUUGCUGUUUGUGCAGCUGGUGGAAGGGCUAAGGGUGAGGCGGGAAGGGCGCUUUCUUCUCUCUCUCUCUCUCUGUGAUUUCGGUCACCUGUGCUUUUCGAGGUCCUAAACCGUUCGAGUCUGUGACGCGUCCUCCGAGGGAAACGAGGGCGACGAGGCGAGGCGAAGGGAAAAGCGGAGGAGUUGGGCCACGAUUAUCCUCGUCCUUGAGAGAGGGGAGGUUCGGCUUUUGCGUGUUGUUCGCCGCCACGUUUUUGCAUGGAAAUCGGCUGCUUCUGGAACCGCCUUGAAACGAUCCUUUUCUCGGUGCUCGCUCGGCGAUUAAACGCCCGCAGCCACCCCGUCGUCGUCUCUCUAGGAUUAAAAUACGUUUGUGUACAUUUUAAGAUCUCGCGGCCGAAAGCGUCUCGCGGUCGAUACUGCCAAUCGAAACCGAUGAUCACGAUGAUCACGUGCGUCGAGUCCCGAGGCUCGAACAUAUAGGAGAAUUUUCUUUUUCCUUCUUUUUCUUUUUUUUUUUUUAUAUAUAUAUAUAUAUAUAUAGCGACAAGUUUGAUAUAAUCGGAGCUGCAGGUUAAAAUUAUCAACGAGUUUUCGAUGUGAGACAUCGAUUCUCAGCGCCGAGUUCUUCUUCUCGACGACCGGUCAAAUUUAUUCAGGGCGUUUGAGAAGUAAAUACUGCCGCACAUAUUGACGAUGUGAUAUAAUAAAUCUUAAGCUGCUAAUUUCGUUUUGUCUCCCGUUUUGGAAACGACCGAGACGAUUGAUUCCGACCGAUUUCUUUACCGACCGUCCGGUCGAUCCGGGAUGCGAUCCUCUCGGUUUCGAGGCAAUCGAAUUUAAACGAUUAAACUAAGAAAAGAAAGAAGUAUAAAAAAAAGAAAAAAAAAAUGCACGAGAACCGUGGUCGUAUCUCUGUGUGCAAGUUUAUAAUCCAGAGUUAACUAAGGCUUAGCUAAGUAUCUCUGAUGCUCGCUGACGCAGAUAAAGCAAAUUCGCGUUGACUAAGAUGGAAGGACGAUUUUUUUUCUUUUUCCUCUUUGCGUUGUUCCAAUUACGAACAAUUGUAUCGCGACGCGGCUAAAAAAGGAAUAAUAAAAUCGGGACAAGGAAGAUUUUGUUUAUUCGGGGGAAGAGGAUUGCUUCUCAGACACACGAAGAAAGACACACUCCUCGUUCGUUCGCACGAGAACACACGCAAGAUGACACGUAUUGCGUUUCCUUUUUUUUUUUUUUUUCAAACGUACUCGUACAUAAGUGUGUAUGUAUAUAAGUGGAAACACGUAUGAGCGUUUAUAUCGAUAUAUCGACUUUUUGAUGCUGUAUGUUUAGAUCGAUAUCGUACGAUAUUACGAAAUAAUAUCCUCUGUACGACGUGUAGCACGAUAAAGCAUAAUCCAUUCGACAGUGGGGACGCCACGGACGCGAGUCCUAUUCGCUCUUCGUCGAGGCUCUGCUAUACGAACGCGUACACGCAUACACGAUUACGAAUACGCUAAAUUUUUUCGACGAAACGCGACUUUCUUAUUCUCGACUCUUUACAAACAAAAUUUUCACUCCACGACUCGACAUAUCUCGUUCCUACCGUUUUUCAUUUCUCAUCUUCGUUCCCGUUUCGCUGCUUCCGAAAUCCUAGUAGCUAAAUUAUCGUAGAUCAAAAAAAAAAUCGAAACGUGACUCUCGUUUAACCGGAGUCUCUCCGAAGGCUUUUCGAUAAUUUCGAUCGACGCGUGGAAGGAAGACGCGUGGACUUUGAAAUUGUAUCCGAAUUGUACCACUUGGUUUAACAUUUUCUGUACCGACUGUGCGAGAUCCAUGUGAUCCCAUCUACGAAUAUUGUCAGCGUGAUUUGGUAUGCGAUCGAAUGGUGUUUUUUCCUUUCCCUCUUUUUAUUCGAUACACGUAUCAGAGUGAUCUUUCAUAGAAUUCAUAGAUCGAUUUGUACCGAAUCGGUAAUCAUUUGGGAUUUUAACGUAUAGUAGUUUCGCUCGAAUAUUUUUAACCCAAUUAUUCUCGCGAGUCCACGGUAUAAUAAUCCACGUUCGAUCUCAAACUCGAAUCUUCGAUAUCAGAGAGCGUCUAUCGACUUUUCUACUCAGAGUGCGCACCGUUCUCAUCUACUCCUGAUCGAUGAACCGUGUCAGACAGGCGGACAUUACGUCAUUUUAUAUUCGUAUCGAUUAAGAGCAAUACGAGGAAUUUCGACGAUACAAAGUCUUUCAGCAACGACUGAAGGCCUCUCGUUGACCGUACUUUUUUAUAUCGAACUUAUAUCAAUCGGAGCCAUCUCCAAACGGAAUUUCACAGAGUGCGUUACUCCUUUUUCCAUCUUUUAACUUGGAAAGUUAAGCGUAUUCGAGUAAGAAAAAAAAGAAAAAAAGGAAAAAAAAAAAGAAAAAAAGAAAAAAGGAAAAAAAAGAAGCAAUGGAAUAAAAUUGUAUACAAAGGAUAGAGAGGGAAGGAGUUUCGUCGAGGAGUUUGCAAGCUUUUUACGAGACAUUUAAACGAUAUAUAUCACGGAAAGAAGCGACGAAGAUAUUUUCUACUAAUCAAUUUUGAUACGGGAGCUAGAUGACAAAGGGAGAAUUUUUUACGCGUGUAUCCAGUGCCUCUCCUGGUGAGCUUUUUUUCCUAAUCGUUCCAACACCGACACGCGACAACACAACCAAAUCGUAUUAUUCGAUUUUUCCGCAUAAUUCGUAAGGAAUGAGAGAAUUUAGGAUAUCGAUUCUCGAUUUCGAGAAUCCCGUGAACAAGGUCCAAUUGAACUGAACCAAUAAUAUCGAGUAACGAUAUUCGUCUUCUUUUUGAGACGUAAUUGUAUCGGUAUUAACCGGCGAUAGAUUAUUCACUGUCCGUGUCUUUCUUACGUACGUACGAAAGAUUUCUAUAAGAAUAUAUCUUGGCCGAUUUUUUUCGCGUCCAAGACGAUAUGUUCGAUCACUCGACUAGUGCCACGUGGAAUGAAUUCUUCUUCGACGCGGUUGCUCGAGAUUGAGGAAGAGGGGGAAAAAAAAGAAAAAAAAAUAGUAGAUCAAAAAUAUUUUAUUUCGAUGUUAUUUGUGAUUACGUGAAGGGACGAAGAAUUGAUUUUGAAAUGUGAAUUUUCGCGUUUCGAAUUGGAUGGAUUGGAAUCGAUCGAUUGUUGAAAAUAGAUGAAGAAAAAAGGAAAGAAUAAAUUUUUAGUUUCUUAUAUUUUCCAAGAUAUUUCUUCGAAACCGCUAUAGGAAUAAAUAAGCGAUAUAAUUUUAGUUCGAUAUACCUAUAUGAAAAGGAUUUAUUAUUAUUAUUAUUAUUUUUUAAUUCUUAAGAGGAACUCUACAAACCGCUAUUUUUCUUUUCUCAUUACUUUUUUAAAUAUAUCUAUAAUUUGGAAACUACUUACUUGCACUUUUGGGCAAAUAUCCCAAGACGAGAGAAUUUUUAUCAAUAACGAAUUAUAUUCUGUAACCCAUACGAUUAAAGCGACACGUUUUUUACAUAUUUGUAUUAUUUGUAAGGUUUGAUUUAUUUAUUUUAAUUUUGUACAUAAUUGUGAUUCGAAAGUAGAGUACAAAUAUUUAAUAAAAGUAUGUAGAAAUGAAAACCAUGUUUUUUUAAGUUUAUAUUUUUAGUUUAUCUCUUUUUUCUUUUUUUUUUUUUUUCCUAUAUAUAAAAUCUUAAGACUCUUAAGAUUAGAAUAGAAAAUAAUUGCCAGAUGUUUGGGUUACAGAGUUUAUUUAAUUUUCGCCUCUUCUUUUUAUCGUUUUAGCGUUACGAAAAUUUCUUGGAACAAUUCCCGCGAAGAAGGAACGAGCGCCACGUGGUCCCAGUUUUCGUAAGAAUCGUUUUAUAGGAAUCGGCGAAGCGAACAACUCCUUUUUAUACCCGUACAUUUUAAGGAACCAGCUUAAUCGAGCUAAAUAAACGCGAAGGAAAGAAGAAAAGAGAUGGAACGAAAGAGAGGAAGCGUGUGGGAAAAAGAGGGCAGGUAGCUUUAGCGUGCUAGAUCGCGUGCUUGAUCCUUUCCUUACCCCUGAUAAACGCUGAUUUGAUCGAGCGCCGAUCUCGACAACGAUCGUCACCGUGUUGUUACGUGAACGUGAUUAUCCACGUGAUUUAUCUUCUCUAUAAUUUCGCGUCGAAAAAUUACUACAACGACGUGGCGACGUGGAACCAAACUAUGGUCAUUAAGAAUUUUUGAAUAUCUGACGAUCGACGAUCGACUGGAAAAUCGAAAUUCCCUUGCUUUCGAGGUGAAAGGGUCGAGUGCAAUUGGAGAGAAAAUUCUUAGGGAUGGAUAAUGGUUAAUUUCGAAUUUUUGAAAAUGAAAAAUUGUCGAAACGUCGAUCGACGAUGUAUCAUCCAUCGACGAGUGAACGAUAAAAUGUUUCAAUUAAUCGUGUAUCCUACCUAAUAUUCUAUUUUUUUUUUUUUUUUGUAAAUAUUGUAACGAACACGAGAAAAAGUUGAUGGCGAAAGAUGAUGGAAUGAAAAUGACGAAUCGACCGUGCUCCACCGAUUUUGAUAAUAUAAACGCGCUAUUUAUGACGACAGGAAGGAAGCGAUUUUUCUUUUUUUCUCGUUCUUGUCGCGCGCACGUAUGGAUCGUAUCGAAGGAAGGGAUGGAAGGGAGGAAAUAACGGAGGCGAGAGAAGGAGAAAAAGGGAAGGGAGAGAAAGGAAAUAAAAGGGAAUCCAGGGGCUCCACUGCGUUUCGUUCGAUUUGAUCCGAUUUGAUCGUUCGGCCGACGAACGGAAUUCUGUUUGCAUCUCAUCGAUUACUGCGUUUCUCUUAAGAUACAAUAUCCUUAAAGGGUUAGACCCGUUUAAUCCUCUUUUCUCGCUAUUUUCUACUUUUUCUCUCUCUCUUUCUCUCUUCCUCCCUCUCUUCACCUCCGUUAACCUUUAUAACUUUCGUUCGAUGAAUUGUCGAAUCGACUGUUUAAAAAAGAAUGCGGCAAUACCGAUUAAUUUUGGACAAGAUCUAUCUCGACGCCGAUUGUUUUUUUGAAUAUAUUGACACCGAGUGGAAAAGCGGAGAAAAUGCAAGCAGCAGUUGAAAUAUUAUAGGUAUUAUAUUCAUGUUUUUAUGUAAAUAAAUUUUUGGUAUAUUUCAA